AAUGAUACUUUACUCAGCUAUUUUAAAAAGAUGGACUCAAAACUGAAGCCGGAAACAAUAGAAAACAUUGAAGAAUCGCUCACUGAGGAGCCCGACGAGGCCUUUGCCUACCCCGACUUCCUCCCUGCCCCCUUCCAGGCGCUCGACUUGCACAAGCUGGCCCUCUCCAAGGCGGAAAGCUGGAGAGCAGCAGCGGCGGACCCUGCGGAGAGCUCCGUCGAACCUCUGAUCACGCGGUUACUGGAACUCGAGAGACUGCAGCACGCAACCAUACAGAAGGAGAAGCUCAGGGUGCAGCCCGCUCUCUGCGCACCGACAGCUCCCGAACAGCCCUCUGCAUCCAAGGCUACGCCCAAAGGCAGGCAGCCCAAAGCAGCUGACCCGCUCAGUGCUCAGACGUCUUGUGCAGAUAAAAGCCGAGAAAAAAGGAAGAACAACUGUGGCUCUUACAGGCUUGAGCAGAAUGCUUCCAAAUGGAAUUGGAGCAGUUCCGGCAAAUGGAAAUGGGAUUCUAGACCCACCUCCCUGAAAAGCUCAUCCACCACGAGACAGCUGACUGCCUGUGAUGACCCCAAGAGUCUCAGAGGUUCCCUUUUAAAUCCAGGCCAAGGACUCGCCGCUAAACCCACGCUUGCACAAACAACUCACUCGCUGGUUACAAUGGUCUCCACAAGGUACCUGCCACCGAGGUCUCCAAUCCCUGUGUCACCUGUACCUCUGACUUUCCCCGAAAAUCCGAGGGAAGACAUCGAGGCACCACGGACUAAAAAUCUCCACCGAAAAAACGUAGCAUUGAAUAGACCAUACUAUAUUCAGAAGCUAAACUGUCUGUCCACGUCAUUUAUAGCUAAGAACAAGUGCUCACCCAUUGACCAAAAAUAACCUGUUCCGCCGGCCGCCGGCCCGCGUGUGUGAGCGAGGAGCCCUGCUGAGACACCGCUCACUUCAAGGCGCAGGUUCGAAACUCAAGCAGAGCAGAGCGGAACCGCACAACUGCCGCGUGACGGAGGCGGAGCAGAAGCUGUGAGAAGCCGCGCCGAGAUGUCUCCACGCGGGCGUCCGGGCUGACAUCUUUCGCCUGUCAUGUUUCCAAGAAAUGUUUUCCUUGGUAAACUAAAUUAUUCUGUUCAAAAGAUUGUCCUUUUGUUGUGAUGGUUCUCCAAUAUUAUUCAAUCAUCAAUAAAU